AUGUCCACCAAUAACAAGUACGCCAGCAUAAGACCACUUACCAUCCGCGAUUCUAGUAAGGCCGCCAAAACGCUCUACAAGGCCUUCAAAACAGAUGUUCUUUCUCGGUACGUGUCCAAGCACUUGGAGGACCAGCCAGAGUACCGCCAGAAAGUUGACAUCGCGUUGUACGAAGCGUAUGUGUACUCACACAUCUUACGGGGGCUUGUGUUCGGGAUUGAGUAUGACCCAAGCUCCGCGACGGAAGAGGUUGACGACGGGACAGGAAUUUCCAACGCCGAGUGCUUUGAGACAGUUUCGCUCUGGGCACCUCCGGGGGUAAAUAUUGAUGAUCCCAUCACCUUCGCGCGAUCUUACUAUAAAUUCGCAUGGUUAACUGGUGCUGCAGGCCGCAAAAGAGUUUUUACCACCUUUUUCGGGGCUUUGGUGUUUAACUUUCACGAUGCUUUGGGUAAGGAAGACAACGACGCAUAUGCUUUGGUCUAUUUAGCCUCCACACCGGCUGCCAGAGGUAAGGGCAACGCUAGAAAAAUGUUGGAGUACAUGUUUGAGACCCACAUUGACAAAGAGAAUAAGUUGACUUAUUUGGAAAGCUCCAGCGCUGUGAAUAUCCCAAUUUACGAGAAGUUCGGAUUCAGGUGGGUCAGGGACAUGAUUAUCGGGGACGAGAACGACCCAAAUGGGGACUUUGCCCGGUUGAACGUGAUGGUGCGAGGGAACAAGGCGCUACACGAUGAGAAGAUCUACAGCUGGAUUAUCGAGUUGGUGUAUGGCCCGAACAAGGAAACGGCACUCUUGGAAUUGGGAAAGAAGCGCGAGGAGUACGACGACCUAGCCUUGGUGUUGUGGUACUCGUUUGGCGUGAUGACAUCGUUGCUUGAGGAGAUUGUCGCGGUGUACCCGUUACUUUCGCCGUCCAACUUGAACCCAAACAACUCGAACCGUGUAUGCAACGCGUUGGCGUUGUUGCAGUGCGUGGCGUCGCACUUGGAGACGCGCAACUUGUUUCUUCAGGCACAUCUUCCAUUGUUUUUAUAUCCGUUUCUCAACACAAACUCGAAGCAGCGUCCGUUUGAGUAUUUGCGCUUGACAUCCUUAGGAGUCAUCGGCGCGUUGGUGAAAAACGACACCCCAGAGGUGAUCCAGUUCUUGUUGACCACUGAAAUCAUUCCUCUCUGCCUCAACAUCAUGGAGUCGUCGUCUGAGUUAUCCAAGACCGUGGCGAUUUUCAUCGUCCAGAAGAUUUUGGUUGAUGAUGCCGGUCUCAGCUACAUCUGCCAGACUUACGAGCGCUUCAACGCCGUCACUGGUGUUUUGAAGACCAUGGUCGAGCAGCUUGUUAACCAGCAGACCGGAAGGUUGUUAAAGCAUGUGGUAAGGUGCUACUUGAGAUUGAGCGACAAUGUUGAAGCCAGGAAUAUCUUGAGGCAGCAGUUACCGGAGCCUUUGAAGGAUGGCACGUUCGGGAUGAUUUUACGGGAUGAUGGUGCGACCAAGAGGUGUUUGGCGCAGUUGCUAGUGAAUUUGUCCGAGUGA